CUAUAUAAACAAAUCAAACUAUAUAACGCACACCAACAAAUUACCUCAUUCGUGAACCCGAAAGUUUUUUUUUAUUACAAAGUCAGUUUGGAACUAAGUUUCAAAAACGAAUUCGCUAUCAACUAAUGAUUAUUGAUCGACCAAAUAUUUGCGAAAUUUGUAUUAUUAUAGAUUGGUGAUAUCUGAUAUGCAGCCAUUCAACAGUGACCAAUGUAGCUUUUGCUACAAAAUGAGCAAUAAUAAAUUCCAUCACGUGCUGGUCCCCUCUCAUCAAGAACAGAAGCUGAAAACUGUCCUGCAGAAGCUGAGGAGUUUCACUUCCCCGUUGAGCAGUUAUCCUACAUGUGAUAAAUGUCGACAAGAAUUCAUAACAGUCCACAACGUUCCUGAGAGCUGCUUCCAAAUUUUGCCCAUCGCCGAACUGACUGACAUCAAGAUGGAUCCAGAGUUAAUGAUUGACGAUGAGCUGUCGGAUAAUAAAACUAUUUUCGAGACAGACCCAGUGGAUUUCCGGCCAAUCGGACAGGAUGACGAAAUCAAAAGAGAAAACGGAGAGAUAUUCUUCAUCAGGGAAAUAGACGAAGACAACAAUAUGUCAUCAACUCCAGAUGCUGGAACAAAACGUAAGAAGGGCUUCGCGAAAAAAGGGAGGAUACUGUUGAAAUGUGAAAAGUGUGAAAAAACAUUUGCUUCAAAACAUAGACUAAAAGUGCACAUUUUAGCUCAUACGGGCGAACGACCCUUUCCUUGUCCAUAUUGUCCGAAAGCAUUUAGGGAAACCGCAAAGCUCCGAAUUCACAUCCGAGCUCAUACGGGCGAACGUCCCUAUUCUUGUGCACGUUGUCCACAAGCGUUUAAGCAGAGUUCAUUGCUCCAAUACCACAUUCGCACCAAGAAGUGUUGGUUAAAACAGUUCUAUCCAACAAACAAUCAACAGAAUAAUUCCUUCGCAGGCGAACGUUCCUAUUCUUGUCCACAAUGUCCUAAGACGUUUGUAAAAAUAUCAACGCUCCAAAAGCACAUUCAAUCACAUCCGGGAGAGAAACCUGUAUUUAGAUGUGAAGAGUGUGAUGAAACAUUUUCCUCAAAAACAAGACUAAAAGUGCACGUUCGAACUCAUACCGGUAAAAGUUCCUUUUCGUGUCCACACUGUCAGAACGCAUAUAGAGAUGGUUCAACGCUCCGAGCGCACAUUCGAACUCAUACGGGUGAACGUCCCUAUUCGUGUCCACAUUGUCCAAAGAUGUUCAAGCAAAGGUCAUCGCUCAGGCCGCAUAUUCGAACCCAUACGGGUGAACGUCCCUUUUCAUGUCCAUGUUGUCCGAAGGCUUUUAAGGCAAAAGGAGCGCUUAAACAACACAUUCUAACUCAUACGGAUUAGUAAAGAAUGCUUCUCUGUCAUGGAUUAAUUGGCAGAAUAAUUUCAUUGCAGGGGAACGCUACUUUUGUUGUCCACUGUUGCGUAUGCCCUUUACACGACGCAGCUACGGUAUCACAUUAUUGAGAGACCUAUGAUUGGAAAAACUUUUUCUAACGGUGCGUUUAGAAUAGUGAUGUUUUCAUUUGAAGAAAUUUAGGAAGAUAUAUGAUGAGAUACAUAGAAAUCGCAUCAACAGUUUACACUAGUGUGAAUUUAUAUAAUGAAUACCAGCUGACCCGGUAAGCCUUCAAUUAUUUCCAGUGAAUAUGGAUGAUAAAUGAAAACUAACGUAUUGUAAGCAGGGCUAGUUAUUUUCGAAGCAAAUAAAUGAGAUUGAAUUUCA